AUGUUCACAGGGCUGGGAAACUUGGAGGAACUUCAUCUGAACAGAAAUGACAUCACUGAUAUUCAGGCUGGAACUUUUAACUCAACAUCACAACUGAGAUACUUAGACCUUAGACUGUCUGAUAACAACAUCACAACAUUUCCCUUUGAUGAGUUGUCAAGACUUCAAAGACUUUAUCGACUUGACCUUAACAAUAACCAAAUGACAACUCUUCCAUCCAUAGCCUAUAACAUACUUUCCUCCAUCUCUGAUGUAAACAUUGGCAACAACCCCUGGCAGUGUGACUGUAGGAUGGUGGACGUUAGGUUGAAAAUGGCUGGAACGUAUCCAUUUGAAGACCAAAUCACUUGCUCCCAACCUGACCAUCUCAAUGGGCGGAAGCUUAGAUUUAUCCGCCUUGAAAAUCUAAAGUCAGACUGUGAAGAACCAACAAUUGUGAGAUUUGUAAAAGGUGACAGUGUGCCGUUGUUUUUUGGGGGGACACUUCAUUUAAUUUGUGAAGCUACAGGAAUCCCCACACCAGAGAUCACAGUCACCCUACCAUCUGGACUGAUUGCUACAGUAGAGUCAGUUGGGAGGGUGACUGUGGACAUGAAUGGUAACAUCAUCAUCAGAAAUGUUACUGCUGAUGAUUCUGGUCGGUACGUCUGCAUCGCAAAAAAUUCUGUUGGCUCCACGUAUUCUGUCUUCUCUACAGAUGUCUCUCUGUUCUACCCCGGUGUUGUUGUUGGUUCUGUGGCAGACCCGGGCUCCAAGAACCACCUCCACAAACCUCUCCUCGUGCUGUUGGUGUAUGUCGGCAGCUACUCUGGUCCCUAG